AUGUUGGUGCUGGCAAAAAGUGAACUGGAGAUUCAACAACUGAAGGAGAAACACUUGGCAGUGACUUCAUCUGUGGUGAUUGUGCAGAUUUUUGAUGAGAGAAUUAAUAAACCAGAAAUUAAAGAAAAAAAUGAAAAAGAGGGGCAGCAGCGGCGGCGUCGGUGGAACGCGGAGGGGGCGGAGGGAGUCCGCGGCGGCGGCGGCUGCAGUAGAGAAACGGCGGAGACCGUGGCGGACACCCGGCGGCUGAUCACCAAGCCGCCGAACCUGAAUGAUGCCUACCGGCCGCCCAGCAACUUCCUCGAGAUCGAUGUGAGCAACCCGCAGACGGUGGGGGUCGGCCGGGGCCGCUUCACCACCUACGAAAUCAGGGUCAAGACAAAUCUGCCUAUUUUCAAGCUGAAGGAAUCUACCGUUAGAAGAAGAUACAGUGACUUUGAAUGGCUGCGAAGUGAAUUAGAAAGAGAGAGCAAGGUUGUAGUUCCCCCGCUCCCUGGAAAAGCGUUUUUGCGCCAGCUUCCUUUUAGAGGAGAUGAUGGAAUAUUUGAUGAUAAUUUUAUUGAAGAAAGGAAGCAAGGACUGGAGCAGUUUAUAAACAAGGUCGCUGGUCAUCCUCUGGCACAGAAUGAACGUUGUCUUCACAUGUUUUUACAGGAUGAAAUUAUAGAUAAAAGCUAUACUCCAUCUAAAAUAAGACAUGCCUGAAAUUUGGUGAGAAGGGGUAAGAAACAAAA